AUGGCCUUCAUGGCGAGAGCUCUUUCGCUCGCGGGCAUAUUGGCUACCGUGAAAUCCCAGGAAUACAAAGAGGUUACGCCACCAACAACCGGACACAGUUCUACAUGCGCGCAACUCGCUACAGCUGGCGAGUGGCAAGAUCUGACGGAGGCCGAGUGCCAGCAGUAUGCCGCGGGGGUUGGGGAUGCCACGUUUGAAGGGACAGGUGGUGUAAACGGUAACAUUCCAUGCGGGUGCACCACCGCCGAUUUCAACGACAACAAAUACUACUAUAAGCCAUGUGGAGACGGAGUAGCAACGACAAGCAGUGAGUACCACCACAUCUGCAUCAAGACCAUGCCCACCACCUCUCUAUCAAGACCAGUCACUUGCCAGACCAUGACCUGCCUUGAGAGGUUCGUGUAUUGGUGCCAGCAGAGCACUGUGGGCUUCGGCUCCAACAAUAACGAGGCGCCCGCGAACUCUCCGAAGGACAUCCUCGUUGCCGAGUGCCCCGACUGCACUGGCGCCGCCAACACGGACACUUGCCCAACGAAUCUUCGCUUGUACGAUGCCGCUCCAGAGGCGGAGCCGACCUCGGAGCUCGACAAGACGUCCGUUGCGGUGUUAGUGCCGCUCGGAUUGGUGUCCGCUCUCGUCGCUAUGGGUGCGGUCGUCGGUGUCUCCCGCAUCCGCGCGUCCAACCAGCCAGUGCUCGUGGAGAACGAGCAAGAUUUGCUGCGCGAAUGA